AUGUUCAUGUCCCUCCAGGGUGUCCCUAAUGCUUCACGCAUGUCAUAUAUCCCUGCACUUCAUCCUUUCCCAUUUCCUUCCUUCACCGCAAACACUUUUCCAACACUACAUCGAAAUGGAGUUUUGGUGGGGCAUUACAACAGUGAAUGUCCACCUCAACCCCGAAAGUUAUUUAUUGGUGGUUUGAGUCACGAAACUACCGACGAUCAGCUACGACAGUAUUAUUCACAAUGGGGUACUGUGGUGGACUGUAUAGUUAUCAGGGAUCCACAAACAAAGUACUCACGAGGGUUUGGAUUUGUUACAUUCGCAACUAUACAAAUGGCUGAGGCUGCUAUGGCUGACCGACCUCACACGAUAAACAACAAGGUGGUUGAUCCAAAGCGCGCUAUACCUCGUGAACAGAUGUCACCCCUCCUUCCAAAUCAUCCUCCAUCAUUCCUGGAAAUUGAACCUGAUCCAGGAUGCAAGUUAUCCUUGUCAGGAAUACAUUGGGCAUGGCAUACGGUUGAUGACUUACGACAGUACUUUGACAAUUUCGGAACUGUAGAGCAAGUUGAAAUUUUGGGCAAUCCUAGAGGACUAGGUUUUGUUGUUUUCGAAAGCAAAUCUUCUGCAGAUAAGUGUUUGGAACAUGGGAAAAUCCACAUAAUCAAUGGCCAAAAGUGUGAAAUUACCCGCAAUCCAAUUGAACAUUCCAUCUAUCAGCGCAAUGAUACGUAUGAUGGUAAUGAUUCAGAAAUAGUCGACGAGCAAGUUGAUUCGGCUAGUGCAAGUGGACAUGAAACACCUGGUGACAGCUCCAUAAAAGCUCUGGAGAAUGGUUUCGCAAACAAUUUGAAUUUCGCCGAAGCGGAGAAUGUUUGCACUUCUUGUGAUGCUGAUGCUACUCAAAAACUGAAAGAAAACGCGAUGAAUACGAAAAUUGUCAAACUGCCAAGAACAGAGAAGGAGGAUGUAAAUGGGAAAUCCAUCAAAGAGGCAGAGGAUGAAAAGAAUGCGAAUGAAAAACAUAAUAAAAAGAUCCCAGUAGUGAAAACUGAUAAGAAGAUUAAGAAAGCAAGUAAAAAUUAA